UCUAUGCCAUGGAAAUUAAUCCUCCUUGUGGGGACAAUCUUUACGAUGAUGAUGGUAAACGCCUCCCUCCAUGUAUACCAGGGGCCUGGCUCACUCCUGCUAUUAUGGCCUGUUACCUCUUGGUAGCAAAUAUCCUGUUGGUAAACCUGCUGAUUGCUGUGUUCAACAAUACCUUCUUUGAGGUAAAAUCAAUAUCCAACCAAGUCUGGAAGUUCCAGCGAUACCAGCUGAUCAUGACAUUCCAUGACAGACCUGUCCUCCCACCGCCAAUGAUUAUCUUCAGCCACAUCUACAUAAUCAUCAAGCGAAUCUGCUGUCGCUGCAAGAAGGGUGAAGGAGACCAGGAUGAGCGUGACAGGGGACUGAAGUUAUUUCUGAAUGAUGAAGAGCUAAAAAAACUGUAUGAGUUUGAAGAGCAGUGUGUAGAAGAAUACUUCCAGGAAAAAGAGGAUGAGCAGCAAUCAUCUAAUGAUGAACGCAUCAGAGUUACCUCUGAAAGAGUUGAAAAUAUGUCUAUGAGGCUAGAAGAAGUGAAUGAAAGAGAACAUUUUAUGAAAGCUUCUCUUCAAACAGUCGACCUUCGACUCUCUCAGUUGGAAGAACUAUCUGAUCGGAUGGUGAAUGCUCUUGAGAAGCUGGCAGGAAUUGACAAAUCUGAGCUGACAUAUACACGUUCACGGGCUUCGUCUGAGUGUGAUGCUGCAUAUCUCCUAAGGCAAAGCAGUGUUAACAGCUCUGAUGGCUACAGCAUGUACAGAUACCAUGUCAGUGGUGAUGAGUUAACAUAUGACAGUACCACUCCUAUGUCACCAGCCAUAGGAUUGCGUAAAAAAGCCCAUUCUAUUGGUACCAAAGAAGAUGGAGCAGACCCAAGGAUGCUGGUUCCAGAACACCACACCAGUCUCCAUUAUACUUCUAGUGCGAAUGCAGUCACCACAGCAGAUUACAGUAAAUCUACAUUAGAAAUUGCACAGAAUGUCUCCAGACCCCGUUCUGGUUCAGGUGGUUUUGGGGAUGAAAAGCAGUGGAUUUUCAAGAGUGAUGGAAUGGUUCCUCAAAGUAUAAACCAGAUGGAUGCUGUUACGAACAGACAGUCAGUACCAAGAUCAGAUUUUCAGAACACUCAGUUAAAAGUAGAACGUACCAAGUUAGAAGCAACCAUCUCUUAUCCCUUGGACAAAUCCAAAGCAAUGCGCUAUUUUCCUCCUGAAACAUUCAGUGCUUAUCAAACCACUAUGAUGAAGUCAAGGAGCUUUAUAUUUGCCCAGGGUGGGAAGCUGGUUGGAGGAGUUAACAACUGGACCACAGAAUAUAGUACCAUCAUGGAUCAGGUGUGCCCUUCUACAAUUGAACAAUGGACCACAGAGUGGAAAUAUGAAGUUGAGCAGCAACUUUCUCAAGAACCUCCUCCAGAAUACCCUGGUUUUAUCUCUGAAGCAGGAAGGCAAGCGGAGCAGAAACAGUUACAGAUGGAUACAGAUGAUGACAGUGAUGUUGGUGAAGCAGGUAUGAGUGCCUCUUACACCUCUAUGCCUGCCACUGUCAAGGCUGAGAAAGAGAAUUUACUAUCAGUAAAGCCAGAAAGGACUUCUGGGUUCCCAUCAGUACGGUCAAAGAGUUUGCGCAGCCAUUCUCAGAAAGCCAAGUCUGUAAGGGACAAAUUAAAUAGACCAGGACAUGCCAGCAGCAUAACUAAUUUGGUGGUAGCAUUUGGCAGUGCAACAGAAGAACAGAAAGCUAGGCAAGAAAAUGCGUCCACAGAAACUGAAUGUUAA